GGACAUUUUUGCCGCAACCCCUUGUGGAGAAACAAGGCGGCAUGGUAGGGUACGAUGCCGUUGACGUGGCGACCUCGAGCCAGGUGUACUUGUGGAUGGGGAUCGUCGGGUCCGUCAUCCACUUUGUCACGAUCUCGUCAUACCUGGUCUUCCCGCAGCUCAAAACGCAGCAUCCGUCGGCGAACCUCAUGGUGUGGCAUGUGGCAUGCAACUUCAUGCUCACGAUCGGGUUCGUCGGGCAACACUUCCUCCUGGGAGAGGAUGGGAUGUCCGACGAAGGCUGUGCUGCGUUGUCCGUUUACAACCAGUUUUUCAUCCUAGGCAGUGGGUUGUGGUACAUGAUGCUGUCCUUGGAUCUGCUCAUUGCGCUGAUCAAUCCUUGGAUGGGGUACGCCAUCAAGACGUGGGCCUACCACACCAUCACGUGGUCGAUCAGCAGUUUGUCAGCGGCCAGCAUCUACUCCCUGCACCUCUACGGCGUGAGCUCGCUCAACAUUUGCUGGAUCCGGCGCACACUGGACGCCCGCGAACCCAACGACGCCAACUGGAUCUUCCUCUUCGGGCCGGUGCUGGCGGUCUGGUUCGUGUCGUUCGCGGUGCUUCUCUUCGCCACGUUUCGCUUCGCGCGGCGUCAAAUGGACUCGACGUACCGGUCCAAGCGCCGCAGCCUGCUGCAGUACUUCCGGUACCUGAUCAUGUACGGCGCGUUCUGGGUCGUCUGUGGGGGGCUGUACUACAGCGCGUACUUGCGCUCGUUCAGCGGCCGAUCUGCGCACCAUAUUGAACUGGCGUUCAUGGUGGCUUUGGGGUCGUACCCGCUGCUCGUGGGCGUCGUGUGGGGCGUCAACACGGACCUACUCACGCACUUUCAAGGCGGCGACCCCGUGCUCGAGCCCAACGUCGGACUCACAGAGCACUUUAGCACGUCGCUUCGAAAGGACCUUAUGAAGUACACGACGGUGGGGAUUAUCCGCAGUCUGCGGGAACCGUCCGAGGACUCUCCCGUGCGCCGCACGGACAAGUCGCGGUCCCAGCCCCUGUCGGACCCCAACAUCUCGCGGUCGCAGAGCAUGAGCAGUGCAUCCGCUCGGUCGGACGAGUUUGAAGACGGCGGCACCCACCUGUGGUACGCCGAGAAGAAGCGGCUGGCCACCACCGUGCGCCUCAACACAUCCAAGCUGCAGGUGUACUACGACAAACUGGGGUUCACCGACUACGCCCCGCGGGUGUUUGCCAACCUCCGUGCCAUCGCCGGCAUCGAUCCCGAGGCGUACGAGUCCAGUUUUGUGGGCACGUUGAGUGAAAUUGCGUCCGAAGGCAAGUCCGGCAUGCUGUUUUACUUCACCAGCGACCGCCGAUACAUCGUCAAGACCAUGACCAAGGACGAGCACGCGUUCCUGCUGCGCAUGCUCCCAUCGUACCAUGCGUACGUCCGGACACAGCCGUCGACGCUGCUGUGCCGGUUCCUCGGCUGCCACAGCAUGCAGCUGCCCGUGGGAUGGGACAAGAUGUUCUUCGUUGUCAUGGAGAACGUGCUGAGCACCCACCACGAGAUCGACGACCGAUACGACUUGAAGGGUCUGUUCGCGCCGGUGCUGCACCCCCCGCUGCGCGUGUUCCUCAAGGACGACCAGACGGCGCGACUGCUGAGUCCCCCCCAGACGGCGACCAAGCAGCUGUGGCACGACCACGAGUUUGUGGCUAGGGGGACCUACCUGAACGUCGCGUCCACCGCCCGCCUCGAGCUGCUCACGCAAAUGACCAGCGACAUUGGGUUUCUCCAAGAAAUGGACAUCAUGGACUACAGCUGCAUUGUCGGGAUUCGAGAAUUUGACGCCGAAACCGAAUCCACGGAGUUGCUGCCCAAGAAUGCAAUUGUGUCGGCCGAUGCCAAGAAAGUGUACUACCUAGGGUUCAUCGACAUCUUGCAAUCGUAUGGCUUGCGUUGGAAGGUUCAGAACUUGGUCUUGUCCCUCGUGAGAGACAAGCGAACGAUCACGGCGCUGCCCCCGCCCGAGUACGCGCUUCGAUUCCUGAGCUUUCUCCACGCGCACCUCCUUCGGUCCAGUGCGGACGGCUCGGCGUCAUUCAAGUCCAUGACGGCCCGAUCGUCGUUCAAUUACGGCACAUUGUAGGAGCAUCUUUCUCGUAACUAAACAUGCUUUGCGUCAAGAGGAGUGAUUGGUGACCUACAUAUCUCCCCAUGGCCUCAACC